AUGGCAAUAGCAGGACCUGAUAAAAACUAUCGGACAUGGCCAGUUAACGACAAGUUCAAAGUGUCUGUAAACAAGUAUAAUCCAGAUUAUACAAAAGCUGAAGUAGAGUUUCAAUGCUUUGUUACAACAAAAGAUAAUGUUGGAAUCAAAACAGAGGUUCGGUCAGAAAAGACAAUUGUGCAUUUUCCUGUUCCGCAAGACAAUGACUCACAUUAUAGAAGCAAAUUAAAAGAAGCGUUCAGAAAAUUUAUGUUAGACUUUGUUACAAAAGAUAAAAGUUAUGUGUUGAUAUCACUUGAUGAUAUAAAAUGUUUAACAAAGAGAGAAUUUUGUGAAGUUAUCCUAGAAGAAUUCACUAAGUUGGCUGAAAACCAAAAAGCAAAACUGAAUCAUCCUGUAAAGUUAGAAUUUUGUACCAUGAUGGACCGCAACUUUGGAGAAGCUGUCAAAGCAUGUGAAGCUAAAAUUAAAGAAUUCAAGAGUGAACCAGUUGUACAGAAAAACAGAAUAUUACUUGGUCCAUCAAUUUGUAUUGUGAAGGACAGUAUUGCAAAUGUUAAGGUAGAUGCAAUAGCAUGCACGACAUCAAUAGAUUUUAAUUUAUCAAUUGGUUUAGUCUCAAGUGCCCUGUUAAAACAAGGUGGCAAUGAAUUACAGAGAGAAUUGAACAACAAAUGUAGUGGAGCUCCUUAUUAUGGUGAAGUUAUACCUGUUUCUGGACACAAGCUUGAUUGUAGAGUGGUUUUCUUUGGUGCAAUGUGCCCAUAUUACCCUGAUUAUGAAAAGGGAAAUAAGACGGUAGAGGAAUGUAAUCGUUAUAGUAUUUAUGACUUGGUGAAGAGAUGUCUAAAUGGGGCUGAGAAGAAGCAGUUAAAAUCAAUAGCUUUCCCUGCUAUUGGAGCCGGAAACUUGAAAUAUCCAUUACAUAUUGUAGCUGAUGAAAUGUUUAGGGCGGUUGGUGAAUGGCAUGGAACCUUCGUCAAAGAAGUCAAAUUUGUAAUACCUCCAAAAGACACAUGUGUUUUACAGGAAUUCGAGAGAGCAGAAAAGAAAUAUGAUCAAUCACCAUUGUUUUACGGUUCGGCAAAUGAAACAGGACAAACAUGGAAUUCACGGGUUUUGACUUGUAGCAUCAACCCAUCUGCGGGACAAACAGAGGUAGAUUAUGAUAUUUCUGUGAUAUUUACUGGUACACAGAAAUCUCAGAUAUCUGGUGCUAAAAUAUCCUGCUGUUUAUGUGAAACCUCAUGGACAAACGUUUGA